GCAGUGAGCCACCAGCCAGAGGAGGUAUGUUGCCUUGGUUGAAAAUCAGCAGCUGCUGCAAAGAGCUGAGGCACAGGCAAAGUGCAAUAUCAGAACGAUUCACACGAACUUAACACAACUACAAUCCGGUCUCACAGCGGGUCAGAGUGAGGUUGAAGUCGGAUAAGAUGGAGUCGUUUCCUCUCCCUUUGUAAACCAGAUUAUUUUAUGGAGAAGACGUUCACCUCCGUGUGUUUUGGAUGAUCUCCCACAGCCAGGUCCACGUAUUGAGAUGAUCUAUUUCUGUGAUGGCGAAGGGUCUGUUUCCUCGGGCCUGGGUGAAAAAGUCUUUCUACUUCCAGGUAACACUGUCGCUCGAUUAUUUCCCUUUAAAUGAAAUCAAUCUAUCAGACCACCGGUUGUGUUAAAACUGAAUGUGAUUCGGUCUAUAAUGACCUCCUUAUGGUGCCACAUCCGUCUGACAGCUGGUUGUUCAUGUACCUGGUCGGGGUUGCUGUGAUAGCUAUCAUGCCAUGAUUUGAAUGAAAAUACCUGAGGAAUGUGACUGCUGAUAAAAGACUGAGUGAAAAAAUCUUUCUGCUGACCUAGAAUGGUUGGUAAAGACCAGACUGCUGGCCCACGACCACAGAGAUUUAUACAUAACAUCUGAGCAGACAUUGGUAAUCCAUGCCAGGCUUUAUCAUGUGGUUAUUAAUCACUUAAUUAAAAGUUCUGUCCUCCUCAUUGUCAUGCUGAAACGAGUCUUUAUUUGAGGAACAUAGCUAGUAUCACAAUCCUAAGCACCAGGGCAGUAAUGAUCCUUUUUGAUAAUAUAGCUCAACCUCCUGAUUUGGGUAUCAGUGGCGUGCUGCCAGCCAUUACUCGCAGUACAGUGUAGUACAGUAAGGAGAUUAGGCAAGAGGAAGAGAAUAGACUACAGAGCUUCAUUGGCUCCAGAGAAGGUAAAUGUAUUGCUUCAUUAUGACUAAGGGUAUAAGUUUAUCACAAAUGGGAGUAGACUACAGUCUGCAGGUUAAAGUCCUCUAACAGUGUGAUGUCCAAGAGUUGUAUUAUGAUAGUAGAGCUCAGCUAUUCACCCUCAGAUAAUAUUUAACUUCACUUGCUGCUAUUUCCUGCAGCUUCUUGGACUUGUUUACACAUUUCAUACUUUGCUUGUUAAAAUUGUCUCCUGCCUGCACCCCUACUUACUUGCACAAACAACACUGUGCAGAAGUGGUGUCUCGAGUCUUGUUAUGCAUGGCAGGAGUCAACAAAGUACAUUCCUGGCAUAUGUUUUUGUUUACUGAAGUGUAUAACAGGUUUGUCUCCUCCUUUGUUUGGUCAGGGGUUUGUUGCAAGGAGAGGGAGCUAAUUUUGUGGCUUAUGGAGUGAAAUCAACACAGACCUAUUCAGCACUAAUGUGCAGAGACUUUGCAUCAGCAUGACCUUGCAGCCUUAAAAACAAGCUUGUGUUAGGAUCCUGUGAGUCUCUUUCAAUUUACAUUGAUUUUGGCUCAAAUCCGAUUUCUUUCCUGAUCAUGUGUACAUGUGCUUGUGGUGUUUUGUAAUAAAAAAAAAAAGUCUUAUCCUGCUUUCUCUGAACUGUUAGCUGUUUUGCUCUGUGAAUCUUUGCAAUGCAAAAUGUCAACAAACUAUUACAGGAGCAGACUGUGGGUGGUUACAAACAUGUCAAAUUACUGUAAUCAGUCUUGUCUCUGAUGGUCUCAAAAGCUUUGCCGCAAACGGAACCAAGAGUAUAAUGAAUUGCAGUCAUGUCCUGGGAAAGACACAAAAUGACACCAUUUCCAUAUGACAUAAAGCAAACUUUUGUGCAUAAUAAUGUUAGGAAAAACUUUUUGUAUUUGCAACCAUCAAAAGAAUAUUCUCCAGUACAAAAUUAGUCUGGACAUGUCUGUAUCUUCUGACUUAAACAUUUGCAAACUCCUGCUGAUAACAAGCUUCAAAAAACCUCUGUGACGUGUCACCAUGGAUUCACUGGUUUGUGGUGACAAACCACAAUGUGUGGGCAGGGGUGUUGCUGAGAUCUGUUGGAGGGUAUGGUACCCAUUAAGUCUCUCUAUUCUAAGAGGCUGGUUUACAGGGUUAUUUCAGUCAAAUCAGUUCGUCCUAGUCAGCCCAUCUCAAAGACCAGUGGUGUUCCAGGUUUGACUUUUACUCAGAGUUAACUGGGUAGUUCAGUUAACAUGUUUCUUAGGUUAACUCUACAUGUGCCUAAAAACUGCUUGAUUAGACUCAGCCAUUGGUGGUAAUGGUGGCGACAUUACCUCAGAACGAAUAUCAGACCAAAGUAGGCAGAGCUUUCUUUUGAGAUCAAAACUUCAUAGAAAAAAAGUUUCAUAUUUUGACUAUCUCAACUUUAAUUUCUUUAACACAAUGACAAUAUGCCCAGUUACUGUAACCUCUGUACUGUGUGGGGGAUAAUCUUAUUCAGGAGGAACUCAUCUGUCUGUUUUUUUAUGCUUUUUUUUAUCAGCCCCAGAUCUCUUUGAACAGUGCUCUGUGCACUUAUCUGAUGGGUCAGUGACAUCUUGAUUGCAGACACAGCUUGAUAAAGACAGCCGCCCUGUCCUGAAGUCUUCUAUAGGCUCUGUAGAGAAGAGAAAAUAAUGGCCAUCAUGGAUCACAGUGCUCAGUCUCUGCAUGUAUGAAAACGUGAAUGUGUUAAACUGUUUUUGCUGCAGCAGGACUGGACUAGAAGAAGACAGUACCUCAUCAGAGUAAACCGUAACUGUAUACAUCUGUUGACAGCUGUAACCCUGUAGUCCGCACUCAAGGGUUUUGUAUGCAGUGACUCUGCAGUUUGGCUGCUUCUCUGCCUUGUCAACUAAUAAUCAGUUCCCCUUUUUCCCUUGUAUCGUGCACUAUAAAAAACUACAUUUAAUUAUGUUCGAAUUAAUACAUUUUCAUGAAAUUUGUCAAUUUCUAGCCAGAGGGAUACAUUUUUUGUUUGACCUUGUUCUAUUUUCAAUAACCUUGGCACUUCAUACCAGUAUUUGCUUUUAUAGAAAUUUUAAUUUUUGUCACAAAAUGUGAUCUUUUAGCUCUCAAAAGGCACACAAAUGGCUGUGUAAGCAAUGAUACAGUAUACUUCUAAAGCCAUUAUUUAUACAAGAAAUGAAGGAUUGUGCACCAAAAGUGUUCUCUUUUUCCAUCAAGACUGACUCUGGCUUUUUCUUUUCAAAGGAACUGUGACGCCAUUAUGGAAAUGCUGUGAAUAACACAAAAAACCACUUAGAUUUAUGGGUUUUAAGCUUGCAGAUAACUUAAGUAAAUUAUCCAGACACAGGUAAAUAGAAAGAGUAGAAAAUAAAAACAAUCAAAUCAACAAUCAAAUAAAUAAUACAGCAUUAUAAACAGUUCAGACCUCUGGGGUUUUACACAUCAGCAGUUUUACAGUACAGUAACCACAGUGCUAUUUCACAAUGUACUUUGCAGCUAUCAUAGAAUUCACCAGCAUUUCACACUUGGCUCCUUCAAAUAGGAACAAUUAUAUUCAUCCACGGCUCUCUUAGCUGAAUUAAACACUAUGUGUGGAGCUCAAAGGGAAAGUAGACAGCCAAAGACCACAGGAGGCAAGUGAAGGAUAAAGUUCUUCCAUGCUCGGGUUUCACUUCUUUUAUCGUCAUGUGUUUGCAUGGAUGUGCUGAAACACUGCAGACAGACAAUAUGCACACAUGACCCUUCUACGCUCCCACCAUGUUGUCUGUGUGCGUUUCAUGCAUGUUUUCCAUGCACAGCGUUUGACAUGCAGAUAGGAGGAGUCAGAUCUGAUAGCUGCUUUGUACUCCCCUGAUACCUCCUUCCCUCCCUGGAGGCCCCCUGUCUGUUUGUGCAUCUCUGCAGGAGGCUGAGAGUUUGAAAUCUAAUGUCUACGGCUCCAAAAGAAGCUAGUGCCCAUUCAUUCUUCUGUGUAUUGCACCGUAGGGAACGGCAAGCAGAGAUUUUAUGGUUUUCUUGAAUCCUCCUUUUGCUUAUCUGUGAAACUCACAGUGGGGACGUGUUGCAUAUUUUGUUAGAGUAAAUUCCAACAACAAAAAAAGCCCAGACCUCAUUAGGAUUUCUGUGUGCCAAAUCCGCCAAGAAGUCACAUGCCUUAAUCUUAAAACAAUCUACAUUUAUGGCAGAAAUGUAACCAUAUGUAAGGAUCAUGCACUCUGUCUUAGGUUAGUGACACAAAACAGAAAGAUCUCCUCUCCAGAUCAGACUCUGUUUACAAAGUAAGGUAAUCACAGUGUAUCAAAGAUAGAAACGCUUGUUUUGCUCGGUCGCUGCCUCACUGACUGCAUGUUUUGUUGGGAUUUAGAAACUGCAGUAGAGCUGAUUCAAGAGGAACAGCCCGACAUGCUGCCAAAACACACACAUCAUAAGCUUCUGCUGCCAUGUGAUCAGAGCGAGAAUCAAAAUCACUUUAUCCUCACAAGUAAGGGUACAAGGAAAAAUAUCAACCAACUGGCAAGUCACACAGUGCUGCUGACUGAGCAAAUCUGACCUCAUUUAUUUUACCACACCCCUUUGCACCACAACUUCCAUUUUCUACUUAAUUUGACUUGGUUACAUAGCAAGGAUUCCUAAACUGAAAGUCUGAUUAAAUAUUUGUCUAAGUGUACCCCUGUGGUCAAAGAAGUCUUUGCUUAUCUUGUCCUCUACAUGCUCAGGUAGUGUCUAUUUGACAAAAAAUCUCAUCCUGCUGACUUUUAAUGGUUAAAUGUGCCAUUUUUGGUAAAUACUUUUAAUUGAAAUUGUAAAAAUAGAGCUUUUUCUUUCACUGCCUGACCGUCACCUACCCUCUCACAUGAGUUUCAAGCAUUAAAAAGGAUGAUAUGGAAAUAGCCAUUUUCAUUCCUGAUGCUUUUAUUUACUUUUUGAUUAUGAUAAGGCAUCAAUAUAAAUUUCUAUGUAUUCCAUGAGCCCAAAAAACUUCUUUAAGUAGGUUACAAAGAUAAACUGUGAAGGCAGCUAUACAUAUGGAGUACGUGAAGAUACAAUGUGAAGAAAUGUGAGUAUUUAUCUACAGUCCUGAUACAAGUUUCAAACACUCCCCUGCUUACCCCUUCCAUUGGUGAAGCAACGACCCCUUCAGAGACAAGCAUGAAAAAACACAGUCCUCUGUUUGUCAAGUUUCAUCCAUCAAAACUUCUAGCAGUUUAUAUUCUUUUGCACACAAAAACCACAAUCAUGUUUGUCUUGUCACCAGUGUAUUUUGUGGGGCCACUCACUACUACAUCAACGUGUAGGUGUAUUACGAGUUUGACCAUUCAGUGCUACAGUAGAAACAUGACACAUGGAGGGAGACAUGCUGCAAUGAAAUGCUGGAUAUGAAACUCAUUUUUAAUGGAAGGCUUUCAUAUUCAACUUAUGCAUUUGUAUCACAGCAUGUAUGUUUCUUUUUAGAUAAGUCCUGCACUGCAGUUACCCUGCACAAUAUUCCAGACACAAUAGGAUUUCUGUCUGGAAAAGUAUUGUGCAACAUGUGAUGCGUGUAUCCUGUGACACUGGUGGUAAUUUCAUUUUCUUUAACAUGCCGUAACCAGAAUGGCAGGCAGUAACAGAUCUGCACCUUCGAACCACUUUCCAGCUAAAUGAGCAUUUGUUGCAGUUUAGGACUAAUUAGCCAGUCGUUAUCGGACACCUCAACGCUGACACAAUGGUAAAGUAUGAAGAGGAUCAAGUUUGAUUUGGGAGUGUUAAAGUCUUUUUUAGAUUAACAUCCUUUGUGUGAACUGUGCCAGUAUGACUCUGAGACAAAGGCAGUACCUCUCAGUCUGGAUUCAUAAAUUGAGGGAAGUAAGAUCUUUGUAUAAUUCUUGGAUUGAGAAUUUCUAUUCCUGCUCUCUCUUCGAAGGCUCGGAUCUCCUUUGUGCGGGUCAAGUACCUGUUCCUCACAUGGCUGACGGUACUUGUUGGGAGCUGGGUGAUCUAUGUGCAAUACUCCACCUACACAGAGCUGUGCAGAGGACACGAGUGUAGGAACACCAUUGUAAGCCAAAGCUUUGUUUGUUCAAUUUAUUUGCUUUUCAGAGCCAGUUCAUUUGAGUAUUGUUGUCAUAGACAUGCAUCAAAGUAAAAAUCUAUCAGUGGUUGUGGUUUUGUACAUAGGCGACCAAACCACAAUAUAAUCUGUCUAUCUACAGUAUAUUCAGGAGUGUAUGGAUAAUAUUGGUUUUUAAUUAUUAAAGUAAAUAGACAUGCUAUUUUCUCUCUGUGUUUUUGAAGUGUGAUAAAUACAGGAGGGGAAUCAUCGAUGGCUCUGCCUGCAGCAGUCUGUGUGACAAAGAAACACUCUACCUUGGCAGGUGUCUCUCAACUCUGCCAAAUAACCAGGUAAGAGAAGUAUUUCUACACUUAAUAACUUGUAUUAAAACAAAUAUUUACGCCUCAGUAAUUGUUUGUUUUGGUGUUCUGCCUGCCAGGUAUACACAGGGAGCUGGGGAGACCGGGACGGGAUCAUCCGCUGCAAGUUGGGGGAAGUGGUGCACUAUGAGCUGGGUGAGGAGCCAGAGCCGAGGAGGGAAGUCCCUGUGUUCGACAAACCCACCAGAGGAACGUCGGUGGAAAAGUUCAGAGAGAUGGUCUUUAACCACCUCAAGGUAAAAGAGGGAGUCACAGCGGGGGAAUGGAGGGAGGAGCAGGUAUUUUAGCCUGUGACAGGACUUCCUGAAGCCUGUGUGUUUGACUUUUAAUCCCUGUUUUUCCUCCAGUCUAAGCUCGGAGAGCAGGCCAACCUCGCCAGCCUUGUUAGCCAGAUCCUUUCCGUCGCCGAUGGUAACAAAGACGGGCGGGUGUCACUGCCGGAAGCUCGCUCGACGUGGGCUCUCCUGCAGAUGCAUGAGGUAUAAAAACAAGCUGCUGGAUAAUUAGAUGAAUGGCUGUCCUCACCUUCUUUAGAAAAUAGGCAAUUUUUUAAAGUCAUGAUCUUACUUGAAGAAUUUUCAGAGGACUCUGAUGACCAAACUGAAGUACUGGCCAACUCAGACAUAAAUUUGACUGAUGUGUAUCUUGGCGAGAGUUACAAUGACGACCUAAAUGAAGCUGGGCUAUCAUUGGUGGCAGUCUGACAGCUCAUCCUUAUCCUAUUUUUGACACUGCUCAGUUUAAAAUCUCACCAUUUCAAAGAUCUUUACCUAAAACUUUUAUAAAAUCUCAAAAUGUUUGAUAAGAGAAAAACAGACUGUCUUUGCUAGCAGUACAUUUUUGUUGUUUGCUUCUAUCAAAUAAUAAUUUCACCAGAAAUCGUUUUUCUUUAUGAAUAAUAAACAGUUACAAGUGCCAGCUGCAUUAUACAGUAUGCUAGUGCUGUGUCAUUUUGGGUUGAAGUGGGAGGAAUACGUCAAAUGUGAAAGGGGUGAGGGAUUUGAUUUUGGUCAUCACUUUCACUUUCACUUCACAGCACUUUUCAUACAUGAACUUGUAUCACAAAGUGCUGUACACUUUGGGAAUACAAAAUAAAAUACAAACUGCAAAACCCUACCCACCCAACUUUCCAAGCCCGCAUUACUGACACCUACUUCCAUGUUUUAGGCUUUUCUGAUGAUAAAACAACUCAACUUACUGUUGGGUUUAUUAUCUUUCAGCAUUUAAGCAAACACAACGUGACUUUGUUGAAACCGAUUAUAUCUCCUUUCAGGUCUUGCUGGGCCUGCUGCUCCAGGACCGUGGACACACUCCUCGUUUAUUGGGUUACUGUGGGGACCUGUACAUGACAGAGCGAGUCCACUAUGGGCCCCUGUAUGGUUUGUCUCUACCCUGGCCACUGGUUUCUUGGGUGCCCAGCAGCGUGCAGCGCACCAUGGACCAGUGGUUCACCCCCUCGUGGCCCCGCAAAGCUAAGAUCUCCAUGGGCCUGCUGGAGCUGGUGGAGGACAUCUUCCAUGGCACGUACGGCAGUUUCCUGAUCUGUGACCUCGCAGCGGCCCACUUUGGUUACACAGACCGCCAUGAGCUCCGCCUGACCGAUGCUCGAGCGGUGGUCUCAGAGGACGAGUUCAGGCGCUCCAUGCGGUUGCUGAAGUGUGAGACGGACGCUGACUGUGUGUACGGGGUGGACUGCCAGACGUCAUGUGACCUGGCAGAGAAACGGUGCAGGGAGGAGCCACUUCAGCCAAAUUUGGCCAAGGCGUGUGGAACACUGAAGGACUACCUCUUACGGGGGGCGCCAUCGGGGCUGAGGGAGGAGCUGGAGAGGCAGCUGUACGCCUGUAUGGCUCUGAAGGGUAAUGCUGGACAGAUGAACAUGGAGCACUCGCUUAUUCUUAACAACCUCAAAGCUCUGCUGUGGAGACAGAUCUCACAUACCAAGGAUUCAUGACGAGGGCAUGACAUCCCCGCUGUGAUCAGGCCAGUCUGUUCCUCACAUGGAGCUGAGGAUUUAAGAUGCUGUGAUUGAAGGAUAAUCAAUCAAUGAAGUCAUUUCUAUCAUCUCUUCAAACUUACGAUGGUCAGACUGAAGGAGCCUCCUGUUUCUGAAGUUUGAGGCCUGAAAAAAUAACACAUCAGAGAACUUUUAAACUUAAGACUGACAAACUGGAUGAUUGCAUGUCGCCAUCAGUCGCACUUAAAAAUAUGCAGCCACACUUGGUAUUUGUACUGUUCACCACAGAGGAAUGUUAGAAGAGCACUGCUGGAAAAAAAACAACAACUUGUAAACAGAUUUGUAUGUUUUUAGUCUCAAGAGCCAUUUUCUGUACAAAAUGUCAGUGAGCCAACCAAGUUCAUGAAGAAGGAGUUACCUUCUGUCGAGAAAGAAAAAUAUCUCAAAUCAUGUUAUGAAAUAGCACUAUUUUGGGUGAUAUUCCAUAUUUUUUACAAUUUUUUAUUAACUCUGUUCUUGGUGCUUCUCAGAACAUCCCAUUUCCUUUGAAACUGAUAGCACUAUGCUGUGUUUUUGUGCAUCAGUGUCUGACAGAAAAGUGAAUCUAAAAUAGGGUGAUUCUUCUGACUCACUGUAUGACGCAGAAAAUACUGAAGGUAACUUGUUAUUGGGGUUAAAGUUAAGAAAAAAAAUGCCUGUUCAAACUAGUUUUAGUCUCUAAACCUGGAAGGUUGAAGGUUUCUCAUGAAGUGCAGUUUUUUCUCAUUUAUUUUUUUUACUUUCCAGCACACACUAAAACCACUCCCAAUACCACAGCAGUACUCCACUCACGUGGUAAAUGUUUGGAUGAAAUGAUACCUCUAUUAAGAAAGGAAGGUAAAAUGAUAUUUCUAAGCAGCUGAGCACUUAAAGUUUUUGUGGAAAGCUACACAAAAAGGAGUGAAUGAUAGAGCUGUGGGUGGACACAGAAGGACUGCACCAGUAAGAAUAUAUAUACGUACAUAAGUAAUCUGUGUUUCUAAUGUUAUCAAAGAAACGUGGCCUGGGGUAACUCUAUUCUUUAUAUUUCUGAAUCGGACUGUUAUUAACAACACAGAGAGGGCCGUCUGCUGUAUAAACUGCACAGACAUUCAAAUGAAUUCCUGGCUGGCUUUUUUUGUCAAACAGUUAAGUUGAGAAUCAGAAAAAUAUCGAAUAUCACCAGAUUUGAAAACUUAACCAUUACUGCCUCCUUAACACCAAGAAGCUGUUUUGGAUGUUUGCGAUGGCUGCCCCUCGUCUGCAGGAGAAAAUGAAGUUUGAAAGCAGACACUGUGAUAUUCGUCUGUCAGUAUUUUAGAGGUCUCAUGUCUGUAUCUGUACAUCGGUCUGCUGUACAUUCUCCAUCUGUGACUUUACCAACGUCAUCAAUGCUGCUUCAAUGACACGAAAUGUAAUGUUAACAUUUCAUUUAGUUUGUGGAAGUUUUCUAUUUUUGAAGUUUAUAACCAGUGUGCUGUAUCACAUUCUGUCUCAGUGCCAUAUCGUCAUGCUGAAGUCAUUUCUGAAUGUUGACCAGCUUUGAUCUAUUUGAAGGCUUUAUACAGUAUUUUCCAUGAUUAUGUCAACACAUUGUGUUGUGAAGUCGCUGUUACAAAGUCAACGACAUGACUCAUUUCACCACUUUAACAUGCUUUUUCUGAAGAGACGUGACCUGUAAAGCAUGUCCAGCUUGUGGUCCAUGCUGCUGUUUGAAGUUUGAAAGUGUAAAAAAAUGUUUACUUAUUGAAGAAACCAGCAUGAUUUUGCACAAUUAAAGAACACACCACUUCACUGUUA